CCUAUGAAUCAAUUCUCACAAAAGUCUCAAGUCUGUAUAUAACAACUUCAACCUCUUCUGUACCAAACCCACCUACACCAAGAAAUCACAAAAUUCGUAUUACAGAGAAGAACAUCUAGAGGUAAACCAAGGGUUUUAUCGAUCAGAGAAGAAAAACUGAUCGAUCAAGAACAAGAAAAACUGAGUGAGAAUGGGAGGUUGCAGACCAUUGGGUUUCUUGCUGGGAUUGCCUUUUGCUUUGGUCGCCUUGGUAAUAUCUGUCGUGGGUUGCGUCAUCUGGGUUUUUGGGACUGUGUUGAGUUGUUUGUGCCCAUGUUGCUGCUGCGUUGCUGGAUUAGCAAACAUGGCGGUGUCUCUUAUCAAGCUUCCUAUCAAAAUAUUGAAAUGGUCCACUGACCAGAUCCCUUGUUGAGGAAGAUGUGAGAAAUCUUUAGGAGGUUCGUUGUAGAUUUGUUACAAAAUUAUUUGUUUGGGAUUCUUUGGAAAAUUCUUGAUUUGUAAUUACAAUGUUCGACUCGAGUUCCCCAGUAUUGAAAGAACAGAACUUUUUCCUUUU